AUGAUCCAAAAGAACACAACUCAGGUCUCUGAAUUCUUGCUUCAUGGUUUCUCCUCCCAGCCAGAAGUUCAAACAGUCCUCUUCUUCCUCUUCCUCUCCAUGUACUUACUCAACCUCAUUGGGAAUAUAACCAUCAUUUUGUCGAUCCGCUGCGAUAUGCAACUUCUGCGAACACCCAUGUACUUCUUCCUCAGCUACCUUGCUUUAGCUGACAUGGGUUUUGCUAGCACCAUCAUCCCCAAGGCUUUGCAGACCUUAGCAUCUCACAAGAAGACCAUCUCCUACUGCGGUUGCCUGAUACAAAUGUUUUUCUAUAUAUAUUUUGGUAAUGCAGACAGCUACCUCCUGGCUUCCAUGGCCUAUGAUCGCUAUGCAGCAAUCUGUCAGCCAAUGUACUACUCCACCAUGAUGAGCCACAAACGUUGUCUCCAGCUGGCCGCAGUAUCUUGGACCGUCCCUAUGAUCCAUUCUUUGCUUUACACAAUUUUGAUGGCCCGUGUUGAGUUCUGCCACCCUGGAGAGAUCCGUCACUUCAUCUGUGACAUUUACCCUGUUCUGGAGGUGUCUUGCUCUGAAACGAAAGUCAUUGAUUUUGUCUUGCUGACUGAGGGAAUGGUGGAGAUCCUGGGGCCAUUUGUGCUCAUCAUCGUUUCGUACGCACUCAUCUUCUACUCAAUCAUGAAGCUUCCCUCGGCCGUUGAGAAGCAUAAGGCCUUCUCCACAUGCGGGUCCCACAUUUCUGUAGUGGUCUUGUUCUACGGUGGUGUCAGCUGGGUUUACUUCAAGCCAAAUGCCAAGAACCCAAGCCUCCAGGACAUGAUAGCGACUGUGAUGUAUACCAUGGUGAUCCCUAUGCUGAAUCCCUUCAUCUACACCCUCAGGAACAGCACGAUGAAGUCAGCCAUAAGACGAGUUAUUAGGCAGCAUUUCCAUUAA